UCAUUGCCUUUGCUCUCUCUCUCUCUCUCUCUCUCUCUCUCUCUCUCUCUCUCUCUAUUCUGCCCAAUUUCUCAAUUCUCAUUUCUCCUCUCCCAAUAAAAAACACCCACAUAUACACAUACACUCUCCUUCUAUCCACAUCAAAAUGUCCUGACCUUCUAUUGAGCCAUUGGUCCGUCACACCUGGCUUAAUCCCCUGCAUCAACACCCAUCUAGAUGAUUCACGUGCCGUCUUAACCAACGGUGAUGAUCACUCCACGUAUGCAAUGAUGUCCAAACGGUUGUCCAUUUAGUCUAGGCCCACCUGUACUAAACACUACUCAAUGCAUUACUAUAAUUAGUGGUUGGCCGCCGCUGGGUCUCAUCACUAACGUUCACCUAGCUUCUGUACUCUCCUGAUCAAUGGCAGAUCCACCAUUCCUAGCAGAAGCCGAAAGCAGUAGCAAUUCCAUCUCAUCUUCAAAUCCAUCGUCUCCAUCUUCACCUUCAUUAUCUCAAUUCACCCAGAAUUCCAUCUUGGAUCAAUCCAAACGAACCAAAUUGGAGGAUCCAGAAGCCAAGAAAAGCAAAAGAAUCCGGGACUGCAGCAAACACCCCGUCUACCGCGGCGUACGCAUGCGUAACUGGGGCAAAUGGGUGUCGGAAAUCCGCGAGCCUCGCAAGAAAUCCAGGAUCUGGCUCGGCACCUUCCCAACACCCGAGAUGGCUGCCCGAGCUCACGACGUCGCUGCCCUCAGCAUCAAGGGCAGCUCCGCGAUUCUCAAUUUCCCCGAGCUCGUCGAAUUACUGCCGCGCCCCGCCACGCUGUCCCCGCGCGAUGUUCAAGCCGCCGCGGCGAAGGCGGCGGCUAUGGAGGAAUUCACAUCAGUGCAGCCAGGCUCAGCCACGCAGCAGCCGACCACAGACGAAUUGAGUGAAAUUGUGGAACUCCCGCGACUCGGGCCCAGUUUCAGCUCCCCCGAGUCUCCGAACGAGUUGGUCUUCACUGACUCGCCUGACAGCUGGCUCUACGGGGCGACGCCGCCUUGGAUGGACGGUGCGGAUGAGUGCUGGCUAUUUCCUGAUCAGAUGUCGGUACCGGAGAGUGGAUUUGAAGCUUGUUUAUGGGAUUAUUAGUGGUGUGUUUGUUUUUUUAGCCCUUUUAAUUUUUGUUAGGGGCUAAACCAGGUUUGUAAUAUUUUCUUUCUUUUUUAUUUCUUUUUCUCACUUUUCUUUUCUUUUCUUUUCUUCUGCUUUGCUUUUUCUUGGGUUUGUAUGCCUGAAUGCCUCUUCAGUGAGUCCAAUGUACAGCGUUAAAGUAUAAAGAGGUACAGAUUUCAUCAAA